CUCUCAGUAUCACUGCAGAGCUGAGCUGCAGGAGCAGCAGAGGCAGAGAGAAGAGAGAGCUCUAUAACUCCAGAUCAGUGAGACUCACAGGCAGACAGACAGACAGACAGACAGACAAGCAGGCAGACAGACAAGCAGACUGACAGACAGACACACCGCCGGACCAUCACCAUGGACUGGAUCAGGACAGAGUAAACCCGUCUCCGGAUGAGACAGGACGGCCUGGCUUCUGUUGUUUUUUGGGUGGACUCUGCCAUAGAUACGUGGAAUAACCGACAACCCAUUGGGAGAUUUAACCCCGUGAUGGAAUAUUUACACUCUUCUCCUUUUCUCAUUUUUCUCCUCUCCUCUUCCUUCUCUUCCUCCUCCACCACCACCACCUCCUCUUCUUCUUCAUCCUCCUCUCACAUUUUGACACGCUGCUGCUGAAGAUGCGCACGAAUGCGUCUUUUGCGCACUUCCAUCGCGACCGCCACUGACAGCGCCCCAGUGCUUUAUUAUAAGAACCUUUUUGAAACCUUCUUUUUUUUUUUUUUUUUUUUGUGUGAGAGGAGAGAAGAGAGGAGAGCGAAUGAGGUGAGAAUUGAAUUGGCUGGGUCUCAUGUUGCUCGCCUAGGGGCCCGGAUGUAACCGAGAGAUGCGCCGGUGCGUUUUCCCAACCGGUUCCGCCGAAAGCUCCCUCUUUUUUCUCGCCUUCACCUCCAUCAUGGGGAUUAGGUAAUAUUCACUCCAUCACGAAGAAACCCUAACCCCCAGAAAAGAAACAAAUAACGGAAUACCCCAAGACUGUCCGUGUCAGACAGUUAUCUUCUUUUCCCCCCUUUUUUAAUUUCUUUAUUUUUGGGGGGCUUUUUUUUUUUUCCUCCCUCCCUCCUUCAGCCUCUCCAGCUUUUUUUCCUCUCUCUCUCUCUCUCUCUCUCUCUCGCUCUCUCUCUUCCAAUUCACCUAUAGGGAUAACGCCGGACUACAUUUAUGGUAAAUGAAAGCAAAAACAUGUACAUCCCGGAGGACACCCUUGAGAAUCAUCAAGGCUCCGACUACUCUCCCCCUCCUCCCCUCCCUCCCCCCGGCCUGACCAACGAGCACAGUGGCGGUGGCGGCGACCAUGGCGGAGGAGGGGGCGGGGUCAACCACGGGGUGGGCGUGGUGGGCCUGGCCCCGGAGCACAUGGCCACACCGGGGGCGGCCCUGAGCUGGCAGGCGGCCAUCGACGCUGCGCGGCAGGCGAAGAUUAUGGGCAACCCCGCGUCGGGAGGAGCAGUGGCGGGGCUCGUGGCGGGAGGGGGCGGGCCCAUCUCCACGGCGAGCUCCACGCAAAGGAAGAGACAACACUACAGCUCCAAGCCCAAGAAACAGACGACGACGACGGCCACGAGGCCGCCACGGGCGCUGCUCUGUCUCACACUCAAGAACCCCAUCCGCAGGGCCUGCAUCAGCAUCGUAGAGUGGAAACCAUUUGAGAUCAUCAUCCUGAUGACCAUUUUCGCCAACUGUGUGGCCUUAGCCGUCUACAUCCCCUUCCCUGAGGAUGACUCGAACGCCACUAACUCCAACCUGGAGCGCGUGGAGUAUCUGUUCCUCAUCAUUUUCACGGUGGAGGCUUUCUUGAAGGUAAUAGCCUACGGCCUGCUCUUCCACCCCAACGCCUACCUGAGGAACGGCUGGAAUCUGCUCGAUUUCAUCAUCGUGGUCGUGGGGUUAUUCAGCGCGAUCCUGGAGCAGGCCACCAAGGGGGACGGGGGCACUCCUAUUGGAGGGAAGGCGGCGGGCUUCGAUGUCAAGGCUCUGAGGGCAUUCAGAGUACUCAGACCCCUCAGACUGGUCUCUGGAGUACCCAGUUUACAGGUAGUGUUGAACUCCAUAAUCAAAGCCAUGGUUCCUCUGCUCCAUAUCGCCCUGCUGGUCCUCUUCGUCAUCAUCAUCUAUGCCAUCAUCGGCCUGGAGCUCUUCAUGGGCAAGAUGCACAAGACCUGCGCUCACGAGCCAACAGGCACCAUUGCGGAGGAAAAGCCGGCACCGUGUGCACCCGAAGGCGCUUACGGUCGACACUGUAAACACAACGGAACAGAGUGCAAAAUGGGAUGGGAGGGCCCAAACGACGGCAUCACCAACUUUGACAACUUUGCCUUCGCCAUGUUGACGGUGUUCCAGUGUAUAACCAUGGAGGGCUGGACGGACGUGCUGUAUUGGGUGAAUGAUGCAGUAGGGUACAGGUGGCCCUGGGUGUAUUUUGUCACCUUAAUCAUCAUCGGAUCCUUCUUUGUGCUAAACUUGGUUCUGGGGGUAUUGAGCGGAGAGUUUUCCAAGGAGAGAGAGAAGGCCAAGGCACGCGGUGACUUCCAGAAACUCAGAGAAAAACAGCAACUGGAAGAGGACCUCAAGGGCUAUUUAGACUGGAUCACUCAGGCUGAAGACAUUGACCCAGAGAAUGAAGAGGAGGGCAUGGACGAUGACAAACCUAGAAACCUGAGCAUGCCAGCCAGCGAGAACGAAUCGGUCAACACAGACAACGCCCCCGGGGGAGACGUGGAGGGGGAGACCUGCUGUACCCGGCUAGCAAAUAGGAUCUCCAAAUCCAAGUUCAGUCGAUACUCUCGGAGGUGGAACAGGCUGUGUAGGAGGAAGUGCCGAGCAGCGGUCAAAUCGCAGCUUUUCUACUGGCUGGUCAUCUUCCUGGUUUUCCUCAACACGCUGACCAUCGCCUCUGAACAUCACCAGCAGCCUCAGUGGUUAACCGAUGUACAAGACAUAGCCAACAAGGUGUUGCUUGCACUCUUCACUGGUGAGAUGCUGCUGAAGAUGUACAGUCUGGGUCUGCAGGCGUACUUUGUUUCGCUCUUCAAUCGCUUCGACAGCUUCGUAGUGUGUGGAGGAAUUCUUGAGACCAUUCUGGUGGAAACCAAGAUCAUGUCUCCCCUCGGCAUCUCCGUGUUACGUUGCGUGCGCUUGCUGCGAAUCUUCAAAAUAACCAGAUACUGGAACUCCCUGUCCAACCUGGUGGCCUCCCUGCUCAACUCUGUCCGCUCCAUCGCUUCCCUGUUGCUCCUGCUCUUCCUCUUCAUCAUCAUCUUCUCCCUGCUCGGCAUGCAGCUGUUCGGGGGGAAAUUCAACUUCGACGAGACCCGACGCAGCACCUUUGACAACUUUCCCCAGUCUCUGCUCACCGUGUUUCAGAUCCUAACAGGAGAGGACUGGAACUCUGUGAUGUACGAUGGCAUCAUGGCGUACGGUGGACCGUCCUUCCCCGGCAUGCUGGUCUGCAUCUACUUCAUCAUCCUCUUCAUCUGCGGAAACUAUAUCCUACUGAAUGUCUUCUUGGCCAUCGCUGUCGACAACCUGGCAGACGCCGAGAGCCUGACAUCCGCCCAGAAAGAAGAGGAAGAGGAGAAGGAGAGGAAAAAACUGGCCAGGUUGGCCAGUCCAGAGAAGCGCCAUGCCAACGAGAAGCCGCCUCUGGAGGAGGUGAAGAAGCCGAAGAAGAAGGAGAAGAUCGAGCUGAAGUCCAUCACCUCUGAUGGAGAGACCAACACUGCUACUAAGAUUAACAUGGAUGACUACUGCGGAGAUGAGAGUGAAGAGAAGAACCCAUAUCCUGCCAACGAUUACAUAGGAGAUGAGGAUGACGAAGAGCCAGAGAUGCCGGUGGGCCCGAGGCCGCGGCCGCUCUCCGACAUUCAGUUGAAGGAGAAGGCCAUUCCCAUGCCUGAGGCCCGCGCUUUCUUCGUGUUCACCCACACCAACAAAUUCAGGGUUCUGUGCCAUAAGAUCGUCAACCACAACAUCUUCACCAACCUCAUCCUCUUCUUCAUCCUGCUCAGCAGCAUCAGUCUGGCAGCAGAGGACCCGGUCAAGAAUGACUCCUUCAGAAACCAGAUCCUGGGCUAUGCAGACCACGUCUUUACUGGACUCUUCACCAUAGAGAUCAUUCUUAAGAUGACAGCCUAUGGGGCCUUCCUCCAUAAAGGUUCAUUCUGUAGGAACUAUUUCAACAUCCUGGACCUGGUGGUGGUCAGCGUGUCGCUCAUCUCCUCUGGAAUACAGUCCAGUGCAAUUAACGUGGUGAAGAUCCUGAGAGUUCUGCGAGUGCUCAGACCGCUGAGGGCCAUCAACAGAGCCAAAGGACUAAAGCAUGUAGUGCAGUGCGUGUUUGUGGCCAUCCGGACCAUCGGCAACAUCGUCAUCGUCACCACGUUGCUCCAGUUCAUGUUUGCGUGUAUUGGAGUACAACUCUUUAAGGGCAAGUUCUUCUUCUGUACCGACAGCUCCAAACAAACUCACUUAGACUGCAGGGGUUCCUACAUUAUGUAUAAGGAUGGUGAUGUGGGGAAGCCUGAACGAGCCCAAAGAGUGUGGGAGAACAGCGACUUUAACUUUGACGACGUCCUGCAAGGCAUGAUGGCUCUGUUCGCUGUGUCGACCUUUGAAGGCUGGCCAGGGUUACUGUACCGGGCCAUAGACUCUCACUCCGAGGACUUCGGGCCCGUCUACAACUACCGCGUGGUCAUCUCCAUCUUCUUCAUCAUCUACAUCAUCAUCAUCGCCUUCUUCAUGAUGAACAUCUUCGUCGGUUUCGUCAUCGUCACAUUCCAGGAGCAAGGAGAGCAAGAGUAUAAGAACUGUGAGCUGGACAAGAACCAGCGUCAGUGUGUGGAGUACGCGUUGAAGGCGCGUCCGUUGCGUCGCUACAUCCCCAAGAACCCCUACCAGUACAAGGUGUGGUAUGUGGUCAACUCCACGUACUUUGAGUACCUGAUGUUCACACUCAUCCUUCUCAACACCAUCUGUCUGGCCAUGCAGCAUCAUGGACAGACCACAAGUUUCAAUGACGCCAUGAACAUCCUCAACAUGCUCUUCACUGGGCUCUUCACUGUGGAGAUGAUCCUUAAACUGAUCGCCUUCAAACCCAGGGGGUACUUUAGUGAUCCCUGGAAUGUGUUUGAUUUCCUCAUCGUAAUUGGCAGCAUAAUAGACGUCAUUCUCAGUGAGAUCAACCCAGCUGACUCCUCCUCGUCCUCGUCCUCCUCCUCUUCGCCCUCCUCUUCCUCCUCUUCCUCCUCUCACCCCCCCGUGGUAAGGCCAAUGGUGCGCUCCGACGGUAACCUCGUCCGCCUCCCUACCUCCUCCACCAUCCCUCCAUCCCUCCAUCUUUCCAUCCCUCCUCCUGCUACGCCAACCAUGGGACUGCAGAACUCUGAAGAGAACGCCAGGAUCUCCAUCACCUUCUUCCGGCUGUUCCGCGUGAUGAGGCUGGUGAAGCUGCUGUCUCGCGGGGAAGGGAUUCGGACCCUGCUGUGGACCUUCAUCAAAUCCUUCCAAGCUCUGCCCUACGUAGCUCUGCUUAUAGUGAUGCUAUUCUUCAUAUACGCUGUCAUCGGCAUGCAGAUGUUUGGUAAGAUAGCGCUGCGGGACCACACGCAGAUCAACAGGAACAACAAUUUCCAGACGUUCCCUCAGGCAGUGCUGCUGCUGUUCAGAUGUGCAACAGGUGAGGCGUGGCAGGAGAUCAUGCUGGCGUGCUCGCCCAACCGUCCGUGCGAGAAAGGAUCGACCAACGAGAACAACUUGGCCCACGAGGACUGCGGCAGCCAGUUUGCAAUCAUUUACUUUGUCAGCUUCUACAUGCUCUGUGCCUUUCUGAUCAUCAACCUGUUUGUGGCCGUCAUCAUGGACAACUUUGACUACCUGACGCGUGAUUGGUCGAUCCUGGGGCCGCAUCAUCUUGACGAAUUCAAGAGGAUCUGGGCUGAAUAUGACCCAGAAGCUAAGGGGAGGAUAAAGCACUUGGAUGUGGUGACUCUGCUGCGGAGAAUUCAGCCUCCCCUCGGCUUUGGAAAGCUCUGUCCACACAGGGUGGCCUGCAAGCGUCUGGUGUCGAUGAACAUGCCUCUGAACAGCGACGGGACGGUGAUGUUCAACGCCACGCUGUUUGCUCUGGUCAGAACUGCACUCAGGAUCAAGACAGACGGUAAUCUGGAGCAGGCCAAUGAGGAACUGAGAUCGAUAGUGAAGAAGAUCUGGAAGAGAACCAGCAUGAAGCUCUUGGAUCAAGUAGUGCCCCCUGCUGGAGAUGACGAGGUAACAGUCGGGAAGUUCUACGCCACCUUCCUCAUCCAGGAAUAUUUCCGCAAGUUUAAGAAGAGGAAAGAACAAGGGCUGGUGGCCAAGGUGGCCCCCAAAACUGCCCUUUCUCUGCAGGCGGGCCUGCGGACAUUGCAUGACAUCGGUCCAGAGAUUCGGAGGGCCAUCUCCGGAGACCUGACCGUGGAGGAGGAGCUGGAUAAAGGCCUGAAGGAGCCGGUGUCGGCUGCAUCCGAGGAUGAUAUCUUCAGGCGUACGGGUGGGUUGUUCAGCAACCACGUCAACUACUACAACCAGAGCGACGGCCGCGCUUCCUUCCCGCAGUCCUUCACUACCCAGCGUCCCUUGCACAUCAGCCAGAAGGGCUCCCCCUGCGAGGGCGAGAGCCCAUCCCACGAGAAGCUCAUGGACUCGACCACUUUCACCCCUUCCUCUUACUCUUCAUCGGGCUCCAACGCCAACAUCAACAACGCCAACAACACGGGCAUGGUCGGGGUGGCGCCCCAGGGCAUCAGUCGAUUCCCAAGCCCGACCAUAAGCACUGUGGACGGGCACACGGGACAGCCGCUCACCCCCAUCCUGCUGCCGAGAUCCGCGUGGUGCUUUCCUCCAAAGAGCUCGGACUCAAGCGACAGCCGUCUGCCAAUCAUCCGAAGAGGCGAGGGGUCGACGGAGGAGACGUACGACGAGAGCUACGGCGACGAGAGGGAGUACCACGACGACGACCACUCGCUCUCCUCUGACAUGCUGGUGUAUCAUGAUGAAGCGUGUAAGCAGUUGACUCCCAUGGAGGAAGGAGAGGAUGUAGAAGACAGAAGAGGAGGAGGAGGAGGAGGAGGAGGAGGGUGGCAGUCUCCCAGGAGAGUCUUCCUCUGCCCCACUACUCUGGGGCGGAGAUCGUCCUUCCAUCUGGAGUGUCUCAGAAGACAGUCGAGGCCAGACGUCUCCCAGAAGACGUCUGUACCGCUACACCUUGUACAUCAUCAGGCUCUGGCUGUCGCGGGGUUGAGUCCUCUGCUGAGAAGGAGUCACUCACCGACCCUCUUCAGCCGGCUGUGCUCCACGCCUCCAGCAAGUCCCACAGCCCAUGGCAGUGAUGCCUUCUACCAGCGGGUGCCCUCUCUGAGGCUAGAAGGCUCCAACUCCCAUGAAAAGCUCAAUACCAGCUUGCCCUCUGUCAACUGUGGGCCCUGGUACAGCGACAGUAACGGGAACAGCCGGGGGCCCAGUCCUAGCCCCACCCCCAGCGUGUCAGUGUCCAAUCAGAGACCACCACGGCCGGUGUCGCUCACAGUGCCCUCGCUACUGGGAAAAGACUCCAGCUCACUGUGUCACGGCAGCGCAGGCAGUCUGGUGGAGGCGGUGCUAAUAUCAGAGGGUUUGGGUCAUUUCGCCCAGGAUCCGUCGUUCAUCGAGGUGACCAAAGCCGAGUUGGCCGACGCGUGCGACAUGACCAUCGAGGAGAUGGAGCACGCCGCCAACAACAUCCUCAACGGCAACACCGCAGCGAACGCCACAUCCAGCACCUCCUCCACCUCCCAGCACAGCCCCAACGGCAACCUCCUCCCCUUCCACACAGCAGCAGCAGCAGCAGCAACGCACAGGGACCGAGCGGUCAGCGAGGGCGGGGAAGAAGCCGGGGGAAGCAGAGGCUCCGUCCACGAGCCGUCCUCGGUGGAGGAGCGGCAGGAGCUGCUAGCGGGGACGAGGGGACGAGAAGAGGAGGAGGAAGAGGCGGCAGGGACGGAGGAGGAGGAGGAGGAGGAGGAGGGGCAACGAAGAAGCUCGGUCGUGAUUGGAGGAGCGCGGCAGAGGAACAGCGGGCUGUUGGAGGACGAGGAUAUGGAGUGCGUGACGAGUUUGUAGGAGUCGGAAUUGACGGGUUCGAUUGGCCAACUGGCCCCUCUGACAUCAUCAGAGACUGACGCUUGUCAGUGCUGGGUAACGGCGCCGCAGCUGGCUCUGUCUGUCCCCGCCCCUCUCACACACACACACACACUGUCUGCCUCUCUGCCAGACGUAAACCGCGCUGGACAAUGGCGGCCAGUGACGCAACCGUAAACACACUCUGUUGGUGUUUGUAGUCAACACUAUACUCUAUACUAUCUGAGUGCGUGCUUGUAUGUAUGUGUGUGUGUGUGUGUGUGUGUGUGUGUAAGUGUGUGUGUGUGUGGUCUAUGAUUUUCUCUAUUUGUACGUGUGCGUGAGUGUGUGUCUGAGUGUGUCUCUAAAGUGCCUCACAGUUUUAUCAUGUCCUCAAAGUGUGAAGAGCAGAAAAGUAGAGACGAGGGGGAAAGUAGGGAUGAAGGAAAGGUGGAAAGGAAACAACAGAAGUAAGGAAGUCCUUUUAUGGGCUUCCUGCUUAGUCGACAUAGUGUGUUUAUUGUUUUCAUUUCCUACGCCUACUUCGGUGUUGUGUUAUUGUUGUUUGUCUGGCCGCCAUGAAGCCAGGUAGGGGACGGCAGACCAGCUCGUGGGAGGGGGGGUCAGCUAAGGAUUUAAAUCUGACCGCACCCGCCUUGAGGUCAAAGGUCAACUCCUCCGUCUUGGUCCACUGAUGAUGAAGCGCUGUAUUGAGUAAACGGGGGCGAGGAAAACCCUGUUUGAAAUCUCAUUUCUCUUCCUCUUCCAAAGCUAAAGGAACCUUGGAGCACAGCCCUGCCAGCCUGGGGGUGGGAUUAAGGUGACACACCACCCUCAGCCAAAGGGGGGGGAAGGAUUUGAGGGAUGGACCAACAGCCACAACAGGGCUUCUGUAAGGGGGCCACGGGCAGAGAGAGACACUCUCUGGCCAACAGGAAGCGAGCCAGCUCUUUUAUCCGCUGGUCCGCAGCGAGAGACAAAACUCACCUCGUCCGUCACCUCGAUCUGGCUUCGCCUCCUCCGCCCGCUUUUCCUCGUUUGGCCACGCCCACUUCCUGCCCCAAAACAGGAAAUGGGAGGAGCAUUUUGGUGGCUAAGCAGAGACAGCGUGCCCCCCUUUUUCUGCCUCAUACCUCGCCGUUCCUCACUCCUCCCUCUCUCCUUCCUCCCCUCCUCUUUGGUUACUCCGCCAUCCCUCCUCCUCCUCCUCCUCCUCCAUCGCUGGGUUUUUUGCUUUUUUUUUUCCAGCCACUCGGGAGGCGAGUGUGUCGAACAGGGCGACAGAGACGGAGGGUGGAGGAGAGAAACGGGAGUGACCGAUUGAAAAGAGAACAGACUCUGGGCAUGGAUCUACAGAGGAUCUGUCCGUCAAUCAAAACCUCACUUCCUUCUCCGAGACCCUCCUCUUCCUCUCAGCGUGGAAUCCUAUUGGAUUCGCUGCCACACACUCUCUCUCUCUCUCUCUACAGACCACGCCCACUAUGUAUUUAACAGUUCAAUAUUGUGCAAAACUGGCUAGCCAUGACUAUUUUUUGUUUUAUAUUCAUGAUGUUAUCGGUUUAAUUUAUCCUUGAUUUGUUUGCACAAUCGGGGUGCUGGUCUUAUAAAUGUAUUUUUUGCUCGGUUUAUUUUAGGAGAAUUUUAAGAGGUUUUAAGUAUCGAAGCAGGGCGUAGUGUUUGCGUGCGAGUGUAUAACUAUAUUUGUGCGUGCGGGGGUGUCUGCGUUUUAGUACAGGACGUAUGUAUGGGCGAAUGCGUGUGAGAUAGCGUGUGUAUCUAAGAGGGGGGUCUUUCUCUCUUAUCAGUAUGCACCUUUUACAGAUUGUAUCUAUUUAUUUAUUUAUUUUUCCCAGAAGAGAAAAAAAUGUGUGUGAGGAUGUGUGUGUGUGUGCGUGCCUGUGUGUGUCCGAGUGGUUACUUAUGUAUUCUAAAAAGCUUAUUUUAAGCCUAGACGGUAAAUUAAGGUAGCAUUACAAGUAUGGUAUCGUGUGUGUGAGGAUGUGUGUGUGUGUGUGUGAGUGUGUGACAAUGGGCCUCCUUAACACAGGGUUACCAUGGACAGGCAUGCUUCCAAAGCUUUGUGAUUUCUUUAGCACGGUUUUUACUUUUUAGCCAAGCUGCAGAGUCUGAAGCCACUCUUUAUCUUUGAAAAACUAGUCAUCGCAUAACUUUUUCUUUUCUUUCUCUGUUUAGAGGUUAAUUAGGCGUAAUUAGGUCUCCAGCGAGGUCAGAGUGACGGUUUACAUUCGGUGAUGAGUUUCGGCGUUGCAGCUUGGCCAGAAGGGAACAAGCCUUUUUUUGGGGGGCGAUUGCUGCUUUUCUUCUUUACGGUGGAUGGUUGCUCCGAACGGUAGAAGCACCAAAUUCACACUGCCACAUGAAUGAACUGCGGGGAUGGGGGGUGACGCCCUGAUCGCUCGGCUGUAACACACCAUAAUCAUCAUCUUAAUCGUAGUUUCAACUCCAAAUGAACUAUUAGGGCUGGUGUACAGAUGCUGCAAGACUUCUGAAUCACAUCUCUCUUGUCUGAGGUCUGCUCAUAUAUCACACAACAUUAUGAUUUAUCAUCAUUAUUAGAAGUAAAAAACAGCUCCCUGUCUGUAAUAUCAUUUACUGGUAAAAAAUAUACUACAGACAGGUAAUUUACUGUCAAUUGAUAGGAUGUGAUAAUUGUUUGGUUUUACGUGAUAAAUCAUUGGAUAUAGAUCAGAAAACUGUCCUGAAAAAUGAUCUCCUGGUUUUGUCUUUUCAUUUUCUUCUAAAAGGCUUUUUAGGUAGCAUGCUGACAACUUUUCACUGACACUUUCUCUAUUAUAGUUUUGGAUUCUCUUGACAUAAAGUACUGUAUGACCACAGGAUGCCAUAGCCAGUUAUGGACUUCAGUACAUUACACAGGGCACAGGUCUCACCAUGCUAUUGCUAUCUUCUCCAAAAAAAACAAAAAAAACAUUCCUAACGUCAGUAUCACAUCCUCGGUGCCAAUUGUCACAUUUAUUAAAACAACUUUA